CAUCCCACCAUGGCGGCUUUGCAAGGUUCAAUCAUUCCAGGCUUCCAUGGUACAGUUCUCACUCCUUCCUCACCACAAUACGCGUCCGCGAACCAACGUUUCUCUCAAACUGCCGUACUCAAGCCAGCCUACAUCGCCCAACCCGCUGUUGAUUCAGAUAUUCCAUUGGCUCUCCAGUUCGCCCUCAAACACCAUGAUCCACUCGAGAUCGCCGUCAAAGGAGGAGGGGUCAAUCCGUAUCCCGCCGCAAACACCAAUGGUGGUCUUGUCGUCGAUAUGUCGCAGCUGAAGUCGGUCAAGUUCUCGGCUGACAAAAAGACGGUGACUGUUGGUGGUGGCGCCCUUUGGGGCGAUGUCUACGCUGAGGCUGAUAAGCAAGGGGUAGUCGUCGUUGGAGGGAGUGUUUUCCUCGUCGGUGCUGGUGGCUCGACAUUAGCAGGAGGUUAUUCUCCUUUGUCGGGACAAUACGGUAUGGCGGUCGAUAAUAUGGUUCGAGCUAGUGUUGUUUUGGCGGACGGCCGGAGCGUCACUACUGACGCUACUCAUGAACCUGACCUCUUCUUCGCGAUUCGAGGCGGGGUCAAUCAGUUCGGGAUUGUCACGGAGAUGGUUUUCCAAACUCACCCUUUCCCUGGACCGAUUACGGUGGGAUCCCUUGGCUACCUUGGAACGGAUCUCCCUAAGGUUUUACAGGCGUUGCAUAACCACUUCGCUCACCAGGAUCCAAGUUCAAAGAUGAUACUGAUGUUCGCCCGCUCCCCACCCGACUUUUCCCCGACCAUCUUAAUUCUCCCCUAUAUCGAGAAUAAAAAGACCAACCCCGACACCGUUCUCGCACCGUUCCGACAAACUGCCACGCCAAUCUUCGAAGCUUUAUCAGUCGUCAAUAACUUCACUGCCGUGGCCCACGCGGCUGAUUCUGCUUUGACCGGUCAACCACCCCGUGCCAACAUCGACGGAGCUUUGUAUAGCGACCUUUGGGACGAUGUGGCCACAGAUGUCUAUCAGAAAUGGGUCGAGUUCACUGGACAGUCCAAAUUUCAAUCUACGAUCGUUAUGUGGGAGUUCUCGCAUCGAGAUAAAAUCGCUUCGGUUCCCGUAGGUGCUACCGCGUUUGCUGCGAGGAGUCCACAUUUCUAUAUGACCGUUACUGCAAGAUACUCCGACGCAUCUGAUGAUUCACAAGUCGCUCAAUGGACUUCGCAAAUUGCAAAAUCCGUUAAACAAGCACAGAUACAGAAAACCGGAAAGCCUCUCCCUAUACCAGCUAGCUUGGCCCAAAGUCCGCAGACAGAGUCCGUACAAGACGUGUUUGGACCGAAUCUUCCGAGAUUGAGGACGGUGAAGAAAACGUAUGACGCGAGGAAGGUUUGGAACAGAGGCUGGGUAAUUGACCCCGCACUGUGAGGAAAAUUGUCGAUGGUAUUUCCGAACACUUGCAGUUGACCAGUCUGCUUCUCGAGAUGUUCGUUGAAUGGAUUGUAAUAAAUGUACUCACUA